AUGUCUGUUGCUAUUCCCACUUCCGCUGUCAUCGUCGUAGGUGCCAGUGGUAACCUCGGCCCGUUUAUUGUCAAAGAGUUGUUGAAGCAGAAAGCCAAAUUUUCUCGCAUCGCAAUUCUUUCCGCACCAGAGAAGAAGGGCAAAUUUGAAACCGCUGCCAAAAGCGGGAUCGAUGUUGUCCUGGGGAGCUACAAAGAAGCAAGGUCUUAUCAAGGGUUUGAUGUCGUAAUAUCCCUUGCUGGCAAUUCAAUCAUGAUCGACCAGCCGCAGAUGAUCGAUGCGGCCAUCGAGGCAGGUGUUACUCAUUUUUACCCAUCGGAAUUUGGAGUCGAUAUAGGUCAGCCGGUUUUUCUCCAGGAGCGUUAUUUUCGAGACAAACUUACGACUCGAGAGCAUUUGCGAAAAAGGGCAAGAGAGGUUCCUGGAUUUGUCUUCACGGAGAUAAUCAUCGGAGCUUUUGCCGAGACAUUCGUUUUGUCAGAUGUCUUUGGGCUUGACAGGCAAGGUCGAACAUUCACCUACUACGGAGACCUUGACGAUGUCAAAUCUAUCUCCUCCAUGGAAGAUACUGCAAAGUAUACCGUUGAGUCGAUUCUUUUGCCUGUCGAGACUGGGAUCACAGAGCGAACACUGAAGGUUCCAAAUGGGAACUAUACGGUCCGCGAACUAGUGAAAAUUGUGAGUGAGCUUGAUGGUACUCAAUAUGAGACCCAUAUAUUUCCGGUCAAUGAAGCGAGAAAACAGCAAGAAUUAGCGCGCCUGGCCGGAUCAACGGAUCGCGAACUAGCAUUUUCCUUGAAGGCGCUGUUUUCAAGUCCAUUCGUAGUUGUUCCCAAGCCGUGGCAGAAUGACAUGUUCGCAUUCAAGCCGAAGAAUCUAGUGGAAAUGAUCGAAGAGUGCUUGUAA